UUUUGGUAGCGUUGCCAGACUUUGCGUUCAUAUCGAUAUUCGAUCAUUUUCGAUUGGCACCAACCAGGACAGUAUGGAACAGGAUCGGGCGUCGGGGAGUCCUCCGUCCACUAGUUGUGCCGCCCAGCGUGGCAGAAGAACAGACAAUCCACCCGCAACUGAGAACUAUAAGAAUCUGGGAGAUUUAGCCGCCGAAAUAGCCCAUAUAUACCAUGUGGAUCGCCAGGAUAGCUUGCAGGCCCUGCGAACGCGGCGGCAGAAUCACACAGUGCCUGCCACCAGUGAGUUCAUCUCCAUGGCGGAGCUCCUGCGGUCGCAACCUGAACCCGCACCCGGCCAAGAAAUCGUUGACAUGAUUCUGCAUGAUUUCUGCUCCUCUCCGACGUACCAGGAGGAAGAGGACCUGCCCACCAGCGAGUCGCCGCCAUGGUUUCGGUUUCGCAAAAAAAGGAUCAGAACCUACGUCAGGAAGCGAGCUCCUGCGCAGCAGAAUGUGCCAAGUGUUGCCAUAGAAGUAGACGACGAGGAGGAAGACGACCGGCUGAGCUGCUCCUCUGGCCUCUCUGUGCAGGAGGAUCACACAGCUCCGACGGCCACGACUGUUUGCGAGCUGGAUGCCAACACCUCGCAAAAAAUCUGUGAAAACUUACUCAACCUGAGUCAAUACUUUUCGCUGAGCAACCCCAGUUCCAGUUCCAAUCAGCCGCCGGCUGUUAAGAUAGAAAUUGAUCUUCCAACUAAAGUAGAUCCUGCGAAACCUUCGUGCUCCCGGGAUAAGGAUAACCAUCUUUCGGAUACGAAUUCGUCCGCGGAGUGCACCUCCAUUGAGUUGGAGAACCUGGAGACGGAUUUAUUGGGCAUCGGUUUCACUUUUGAGGCCUCAGAAGUCUGUGAUAUUAAACCUCAAGUUUCAGGUAUCUUGGGGGACACCCUUUUUGGUGAUGGCAAGGCAAGCACAACCAUUGUCCAGGCCCAGUCGGAUUCCAAAGUCUGCGUAGAUUGGUCGGAAGGAGACUCGCUUUUGGAGAACUACAACACCGAAAAGAUGUCUUUAAGUGAUGAGGAACUGGAAGAAAAGCCGCUCUUGAUUAAACCAGUUAAAACGGAGCCUGAAGUUCUAGACAGCUUAACACAAAGUUUAUUGGAUGAUAUUCCCAUCAGUGAAUGGCAAACCCCAAUGGAUAUACCAGAAGAGUCAAUCAAGGAGCCUCAAGAGUUGAGCCAAAGAGAAGUCAAAAUAGAGCCAAGCGAGGACAAAACUCAGGAAACAGUAAAUGCAAGUGCCUCCAAGUACAUUAGUGACGCGGAAUUUCUCCAAGAAAUACCCCUUGACGAGUGGCAGCCAAUGGAGAUUCCCGAGUUCGUUGGCUUCCGGACAGCCUCCGACAAGCCCAUUGUGAUUUCGGAGGAAAUGCAAGAAAGAGCUGCCAAGUUUUUGGCUGAUAUUGAAGAAACUGAACCAAAGCAACCAAGCGACAGACCCACAGAAUCCUCAGAGUUUGUUGGCUUCCGCACAGCUUCUAAUAAGCCCAUUGAGAUUACUGAGGAGAUGGCAAGCAAGGGGGCCAUGUUUAUAGCUCAGUUUAAGGCCAGCGAUCAACCAAGUCAAUCAAAUGAGGCUGAAAUCCUUCAGGACAUAGCGUUUAGCGAGUGGGAGCCCAUUGAUAUGCCAGAGAAACCCACUAAGGUUCCCGGAAGAGAAGAAUCAAGUCAAACAACAUCUGAAACCAAGACGCCAAAUAAAAGCCAGUCUGUGAAUAUUCCUCAGCUCAUUGCCUUCCGUAAAACUCCUUACAAGUUCAUGGAAGUGGCUGAGGAAAUGAGAAUUAUGGGUGAUAAGUUGAUGGCUGAGGUGGAGUCCGGUUUAUAUCAACCUAGUCAAAGGCGUAACUUACAGAAUCCUGAAAUACUUCCAGCUAAUCAGUCACAUAGGCCCAAUAAAGUAUUCGAGGAGGCAUCUCUGGUUAAGGAAGUCGCAGAAUCUAAUUCAGAAUUUGUUGGCUUUCGCACAGCUUCUGACAAGCCGAUUGUGGUCUCAGAAGAGAUGAAAAUCAAGGCAGCCCAGUUUAUGUCUGAAUUUCAAACUGGAGGAACAAAUCAUGAGCUUGAAGACAUGAAAAUACGAGCUAAACUGGAAGCCAGCUGUUCAAAUCAUCAAAAUGAACAAGCUGGCAGUACGGAUUUUGUUGGCUUUCGUACUGCCUCAAACAAAGCUAUUGUUAUCUCUGAAGAAAUGAAGGAAAAAGCUGUGAGAUUUAUGGCAGAAUUCCAAGCCGAAACCCCUCAAAAUACAAGUUCAAGUCCUGAAAACAAGGCGUGUGACGAGGGUACAGAAUUCUUCGGAUUUCGUACAGCCUCUAACAAACGCAUCGAAAUAUCAGAGGAGAUGAAAAACAAAGCUGCCAAAUUCAUGGCAGAAAUACAGGCAGAAUCUGAAGUAAUCCAUAAUCAAAAGCCAACUAGUGAUAAUGAGUGCCUUUCUGAUUUAUCAGAUAAUACUUCUGGAGAAAAAUUCAAAGGCUUUCCCGAGAACAGGGUACUUCCACUCUCUGAAGACGAAGACAUAGCCAACGAUUCUGUUUUUCCCAGACUAUCCCAGACCACUAAAAUCUUGUCCGAUUGUGAAGAUGACUCAAGAGUGUGCACACCCAAGCAGAGAAGGGAUACCUACGAUGGCAUACCCUCUAGUAAGAGGCUUCGCAAGAUUUCAAACUCAUCCCCAGAACAAAAUCGUCAAGUUCACAAGACGACCUCGUGCAACAGUGCACUGGGGACACCCAUCCAGUCGCAGGAGAUUCAUGCCUCGCUGUCGCAACUGGCCGGCCUUUCGCCGCUGGAUCAGAAAACCAAGACUUCAGUGAUAGCCCGCCGCAAUCUCUUGACGCUGAGCAAAAGACGCAAGCGGAGUCGCACUCCAACGGGAACUCCGAUUAAAUCUCGAUUGGCUGCUAUGCCAGCCUCAACAAGUACUCCGCUGGCGGAUAGGAACACGAAUCACGUCCAGGAUGCGGCAGCCACUAAACAGAAUGCAGAGGAUAUGUCUCCGAUUUGCAUGCCACCAAACAAGUCUCGUCGCCUUGGUCUGAGUCGAAGCCGCUAUUAAAGUAAGCAUUUUUUGUUAUUUUUUGUAAGUAAAUACAAAAUGAACUAAAGGAUAUAACUUAAUUUAAGAGUAUUCGUUUGGCUAGGCUUAAUUAGUCCAAUUAAAACCCUUUUCUGGGCAUAACAUAAUACCACAUGACUUGACAAUAUCCCCAAAAAACAAACAAAACAAAGGCUUAGUCUGAAAAAACGUUUUGGUAAUGGUUAAUGUAGUCCAAAUAUUUGGUUAAAUGAAAAUAAAC